UUGACGACAUUAGGGCGCGCAUUGCAGUUUAAUGUCAUUCGUGUACAACGUGUGAAGUAGUGCGGUAAAAUCUAGUUCUGUGAGCUACACAUAGUUGGAUUGUUAUGAUGAAUGGAAGAAGAAAGUAUACAGAUUACUGUCAUUUAGAUAAUUCCAUAGAUUUCGGCGAAAAGCGAAGCAUUUCCGGUGAAGUAAAUUUUACUCACGAAGAGGAAUCCAUUGCCCUGAAACAUGGAAACAGUUCAUCUAUUUAUUCUUCCACCAAGGGACAUACAGGACUUGGUGUCCUUUCAGCAGCCAUUUUUAUUGCAGGUGAAAUGGCUGGUAGUGGCGUUUUGGCUUUGCCUCGAGCAGUUGUUGAUUCUGGCUGGAUUGGACUGGUUCUGAUUGUGUAUUUCUGCAUAAAUGCGGGCUAUGGAGGAACAAGGCUAGGAGCGUGUUGGGCCAUUCUAGAGGAACGGUACCCAGAAUACAGAAGCCCUGUAAGAAAUCCGUAUUCUACAAUUGCUUAUAGAGCAGUGGGAAGAUGGGGCAGUUUGUUGGUGUCAGGAUGCAUUCAGUUCACACUUUUUGGGGCUGGCACAGUAUACCUGCUUCUUUCAUCGCAAAUCAUUCACGAACUUAUUGAAAAUAUAAUACCAGAUGUUGGAUUCUGCAUUUGGUUUUUAAUCAUUGCUGCAUUACUCUGCCCUGUCAUGUGGUUGGGAACGCCCAAAGAUUUCAGUCUGGUGGGUAUUGGUGCAAUUGUGACAACAGCAUUUGCUUGUAUCUUCAUCUUUGCACAGAUUGUCUUGGAUGGAUCACAUUUAAUUGAACCUGUGAAACAUGAUCCCCAUGGUUUUAGAAGUUUCUUUCUUGCCUUUGGAACCAUCCUAUUUGCAUUUGGUGGAGCAUCUACAUUUCCAACCAUUCAAAAUGAUAUGGUACAGAAGAACAAAUUCUCCGUUAGUGUUGUUAUUGGCUUCUCAGUUAUACUGAUUUUAUACCUGCCAGUGGCUGCUGCUGGCUACUUUGUCUACGGCGAAGCAGUAAAUUCGAACAUUGUGCUGUCAGUGAAAAACACAAGUUUGGUGAUGGCAGCAAACAUGCUUUUAGCUAUGCAUUUGGUCUUGGCAUUUAUUAUAAUCAUUAAUCCAGUGUGUCAAGAACUAGAAGAGAUUUUUGAAGUCCCGCAUAAAUUCCAUUGGAAACGAUGCUUAGUUCGGACAGGAAUGGUGUGUGUAAUGGUAUUAGUUGGUGAAAGCAUUCCAGAAUUUGGGAAAAUAUUAUCGUUAGUUGGCGGUUCUACUAUCACUCUUCUUACAUUUGUGUUUCCAUCUUUCUUUUAUAUGAGAUUAUGUGACCAGGAAAAGCAGCAGAAUUGGCCUGACAGGAACAUACCGGCAUACAUCCGGGUCUACCUGUGGGAACUAAUACUUAUAGGUUUUGUUGGUGGCUCAGCAUCCACAUACAGUGCAAUUCUGGAGAUAUUUGGAGAAUAUUCAGUGACAAAACCAUGUUUCUUUAAUUGAUUUUUAUUCAUUCAUAGUUAUUAUUGAUUAAUUUAAAACAAUCUGUUAUGUGUAAUGAGAACAUACAGUGUGCUGGUAUAACUUACUUUGAUAAUGGCAUAUAACUUCCUGUCUUUGCAGUGUAGUAUUUUUUUGUCAAAGUGACUCCAUUUGUCAUGUACUCAAAUAACAAUUCUUCAACUUAAAAAAAGUAGCAUUAUGAGCUUUCAGAAGGUCAUGAAUCCUAUUAAUAAACCAGUAUGCCCUAAUA